GAUCAACUCAUCAUACGAAAUACUUUCGCAUUGUGACAACGAAAAUGACUGUUUCUAGUUUGAAGAAGUUAUUGCACAAUCUAGAUCGAAUUUAAUCCGUUGUGGCGAGUCUGUUUUUAUAACGACUAAAAUAAUUGUCUAAGUUGUAUAUAUGAUGGAGCCAUGACUGGUCAUCUCCCAAAACCCUCUAGGGCCUUUUGUGGCAGCUUUGUAAUCGCCUGUGUCCAUCGUCAUUUACAGCCCCUUUUCCUUGCUUUGAGCUUUGAGCCUCCAGUCAUUACCUGCGGCUAUUACACAGGGACCCCGCUCGAUCGAAAGAACACUAGUUUGCCCUUGCCAAACGCAUUGUUACUAAAGUUUUUGACACGAAAGAGUAAUGGCAUAUGAUAACUAGUUCUCUAAUCAGCUACCAUCUUUUACGAACAAAGAAUACAUGAUACCUAAAUGCUAACUAAAUCCAGAAAUUACCUGUCCUCCAUAUGGCCAUUUGCCCGAAAGUGGUGCAAAAUCGCAUCACGAACGUCAUGGGCGGACAUCCCAGAAUGAAACUCAACGUUCCCCACAAGCAUCCGUUCCUCUAGCCGUUGCCUAGCCGGGCCGGCCCUCGGGACAUUCACGUAGUCCGGCCCGGGUAGAAGGACUACCCUUCGCGAGAACCUCGCCUCUCGUCCUCUUCCUCUCCCUCUUCCUCUCCCUCUGCCAGCUAGACCUCUUCCACCCCGACGUCCGACCAUGGCAGCUAUAGCCUGUUGCAGCGCUGCCUGGAACGCGGGAUUUUCUAACAUUUCUUCCAUUUCUUGUAGAUGGAUGACAGAUUUUGGCGGAUAAAACACAUUAGCAAAUUUUGCAUAGAGAAAACUUGCAAAAUAAUGAGGAUAUAUUUGUGUUCCCAGAAAAACCUCUUCGAUUAUAGGUGAAACAGCGCCCUUAUCAUUAUUGAGUAAAAUUAAAUACGUUCUCAAAGUUUGAGUUAUGGUGGAUUGCGUUUUUGCUUACCUUACAAAGUUUCCUCAGACAGUUAUGAUCUGAAAUACAUCGCACGUGAGUUAAAAGGGGGGAAAUUGAAUCCGCAAACAAAACAACACCACUUCGCCUUGCUGGGAUGGACCGAAUUAUAAAGUAAAAAAUAAUAAUAAAAGUACAUAUGUCAUAAAAGUAUAGAAUAAACACCCUAAAAUGUUUAGGUCAGUCUUUUCUUAGUUCGUGCACUUGUUCUACCCCUCGAAGUAUGAAGUAUGAUUGAUUGCUUUGAUGCUUACCUUACAAAAAGUACGUACGUCGUAUUCGAGUCUGCGGCGGAAUGGACUUGGAUUCUUCGGCAGCGCCCUUUUAUGCUGGCGUCUGUACCAUGGGGGGUAAAGCCGAUAAGGGUACGGAUGUACCAUUUCUAGCUCAAACAUUUAUUCCAUUUUAAAUUGCAGCACAUCUUAACGAUUCCGAAGCUUUAUUCAACUUUUUGCACUCUUCCGUAAUGCUCAAGUGCAUUAAACUCGCACGCAUAUGUGAGAAGCAGUGGAGUUUGUCCAAUUUACUCCUAACGCUUCAUUAUUGGACUUUGGUUGGUCCGUAGCGCCGACGCUACACAUAGCCAAAUGCUUAUUGCAGUCCAUCAAUAAAACGAUAUGAGAGCUUUUCUGAAUUUUCAUAUAUUGCAGUGUGAGACCUCAAAAUUACAAUACUAAUUCGGGAAGAGAAAGUGAUAUAUAUAUAAAGAGGCAGAGCGUAUAGUAAGCCUGUUUGGUACCAUUAGAAACGAUGGUGUCAAAAUAAAUUAGAAUGACAGAAAGAAAGCAGACCUUUAUCAGUAACACCAGGGCCGUACGUACCAUGGAAGCCCAGGCAGGCCACCCAUGGACGUUGGUUUUGAAUUACACUUUCAUAUCAAAUUAAACUCCAACUAUCUAAUUGACUAUGAAAUCGCUCUCCAAUAUCGGGCUGUAACUUGAAAAACAAAAACAAACCCCCAAGUCGCUCUGCUCACAAUUUACUCUCGCAAGGCACCACGCUUUUUCCUUUCAGCUUUUUUAAUUGCUCUCGCGUUUUAACUUCAAAUUACAACUCUCAAACCACACAACAACUACUGAACAACACGCGCUUCUAAACAAGGAUUUGUUUUUGUUUUUUAUUCGGAACGUUUCACGGAAAUGAGAACGCUGAACUACGAACGCUUGCAGUAUUACAGUAUGAUAUUUGUGUCACCUCUAACAAGACACGCUUCUAAACAAGGAUUUUUGUUACUAAUCCGGAUACCAGAAACGUUCAACGGAAAUUGGAUACAAAUUGCAUAUGACAGAAUGUCAAAUAUGCGUGAAAUAACGUAGCACAUUUGCGUGUAUUGGUAUUUCACAACGGAAUGUUUAAUCGCCUUGCGUUUUGUGAAGAUUAGAAAGGGAAUAAAUGGUGCUUCUAUUAUGACAUCCCUACUAACCUAUAACUAAACAAAAUAUACUGGUUUCGCCGGUCCUGCAUCACGGCCUGCGCGGCUGGACUGGCUGGCGGUGACUGAGGGAAAUCGGACCGGAAAUCUUCAUUGCCGGUAUUAUAUCCUCGGCCAUAUAGCUGGUUGAAGUAGAUUGCCAUAGCCUGGAUCGAAGUUUGGAUGUAAUGUCGGGAAAAAGCAGCUUCUCCUCAUCGUGAAGAACGCACAGAGCUUUACGAACAGAAUAAACAGGCAAAACUACGUUCUGGUUUCCUUUCGCAUGACAAGUGUUGACAUUUCAUGCUACGGGCAACUCUAUUGUUCGAGCAAAACUUGAUGUUUUGCUGAUUGGAAAUUUUUUUCACGAUUUCUCAAACAAGGGAUCGCACUAGCAAUGUUAUGCGUUAAAUAUGAGCUGUUAAAUAAACAAAAAGAAGAAACUCAGAAAUUUUUUACAAGUGCGACCCCGUGACCCCUUAUCUACCGCUUUCCGUUUCUUCCACUUGUAUCGCCACACUUUCCCUAUCGCCUAACUUAAACGUGAUUAAGUGUUUGACUGUUUUGAAGUAAGCGCAACUUGGGAGUUCAAAGUCUCUCGAUCCAAUAAGUCAAUUUGACUAGCGGUAUAUGCUUUUAACCUAUUACCAAUACCUAAAGCGACAAUCGCACCAGUUUACUUCAAGGCAAUCUCUACCGAGAAAAGACAAAAGAAUAUAUUUGAUUUAACACAGGCCUUCCGCUCCGCUGGACUAGCGGUAUAAAAGGCGCGGGCUUGUAUGAUAAUAGCCCCACAACAAAAGCGAACAAAUCAAAUUGUAAUUGAUGUUAGAAGUAUGCCCGGUUUUGAUCCAGAUUUCGUUGAAGGCCCGGCCGACCCCAACAUAAUUUGUCCCAUAUGUCAGUUCAUCAUAGAAGACGCGGUGUGUUGCCCACAGGGGCACAUCUUCUGCAGAAGUUGUGUGGUGGUGCACUUACAACAGUUUGGUAACGGCAACUGUCCCCUAGACAGAUCAGAACUGUCCCUUGAAGAUAUAAGGCCAGUUCUGAUGGUCAAUAGUCUAGUGGGGCAGUUGCCGUCUUUGUGCUGCGAGGAGUGCCCCUGGAGAGGAAGACUGGAUUUGCGGCAGGGGCAUACUGAAACAUGCCAAGAGAAGCCUGUCCCCUGCCGCAAUGUGGGCUGCCAGACCCUCGUGCAGAGGAAAAACCUGGCGGAUCAUAUGGAGGCCUGCCUGUUUGCAGGAAGAAGGUGCACAGAGUGCAACUCUGUGCAGCAGCUUCAGCAUAUGGAGGAGCACAGACGCCUAGGCUGCCCCAGAGCUCAGCGUUACUGUCCUCUGGGAUGCGGACAAAGAAUGCAAAGAAUGAACGUGUUCCGCCACGUUAGUCUCGACUGCCUGCUAAGGGCAGCCUUUUGCCAGGUGCCGGGGUGCAACUUUCACGGCACUGGAAUGCAGUUGGCACAGCAUAACGCAAAUGACGCGUCAUUGCACAAUCAGCUUUUGUGGAACGCCAUCUGCAACAAUGUGAGUCAUACAGUUAACCAAUUUAUUUAAACAGCAUUUGAUUAGUGCAAUUUACAUUUCCAUAUCCAGUACUAACACUUAAAUUGGUUGGAUAGGUAUCUGCUGGCGUAAGAUUGGACCACUCUUUUGUCCACUGUCUUCAAUGGACAGUUGAAGACAUGGAUAACCCAAGAAAGUUCCAGAGUCCCCCACAGACGUUUGGAGAAAUAUCUGUGCGGGGACUUGUAUGCAAGGACUAUAGUCAGGCCACGGCCGGUAUGGUAAGCCUCUUUCUGCAGGUUGCCAUGUUACAAGGGCGCGCCAUGCCUUCUGUCACCUUCGACACCCUGAGGUGAGCUGCAAAUCAAUAGAAAAAAUAGAUAUCAACAAGUGAUGAAGAAUAACUAUGACUAUGAUGAAGAGUAACGUUAAAAAAAAUAUGGUAAAGAGAUUUUAAGUACAUAUGGAUGUAAAAUGAUAAACCUAUAAACAGCCCUUUUUACCGAUAAUAUUUCCAAACAAUGAUUGACGUGUUUCGUUUGUUUCUAGCAUCACUCUUCGCUCAUUAGAGCAUGGCGGCACCCUCACAAGAUACGUGCCGCAUGAGGCCGAUGAGAGAGUAGUGAGACAAGGCGGGAUUAUUGGAUUCCCGGACUUUGCGGACCACCAAACAUGGUUGACCUGGAAAGACAGUGAUGGGUUUUAUAGGAUUGAUUUCCAUUUUGUUUAUCACCCCUGAAUUUACAAAAUCCUCCGCCUCUUUUUCUUAAGAACGAGCAAUCCUAUAAUCACUGUCUUUCCAGUUGUUAUGUCAGGUUAUGUUAGAAUGAAUCCGUAUUUUGCUAAUUGUAGUAAGCAAAUAGACAAAGUUAAGAUAUUUGCUCUAGCUAAAAGGGUUGUUCAAGGGAGAGCAUUCUUGAGGCAUUGUUAGUUUUUGUUGAUUUAGAUUGAAUAGGAAGUUGUUCGCUUAAUUAGCGACAUAAUGACUUUUAUCGGGUCGUACCAUGUUUUGGGUACUUAUCAAUCUUCAACUUCUCAUUAAGUUGGUAAACUUACAAGUCUUCUGUUUAUAUAGUUACCUUUAGAUGUCGUACGCUAAUUGCCGGUAUCAUUAGCACAACACGUAGGAUCGCCCACACUCAAGUAGGAGGUGCUUAGCUCUGCAGUGUUGGUAAUCUGAUUUCUUAUGCUAAUCCAAGUCACCCAACACCACACCCAUGCUACUUGAGCGACCACUUCUUUUCCCCUUACGUUCGUUAACUUUCGAUUACAAGUUACAUAUUUGUUCCUCCAAAGUUACCUUUCUGCCUUUCCUACCGACUCCCUUAGUUUCAUGGCAAAGGACAUUCGUUUUGUAUCCUUAAAUUCUUUUCAAAGCUUUCCUUUGUUAUCGUUAAUUUUGCCGACAGUUAAUGAUAUCUGAUGCGACUGUUUGCAUUGUCAAGUACCGUCCAAUCACCGCAUCCUGCACACGUGGUCAUUGCUUGUCAAUCAAACGUACUACUUGUUUUACUACAAAUGGGACUGCACUUUAAUUCCUCAUUACUCUUCAUACCACUGACUCCGAAUAAAGGUACGACUCCGGUCAAAAGAAGUCCUCCCGACUAAUCAUUACAUAGUGUCACCCAUGUCAUUCUUCGGUUGAAGUAAUCGCUAAAAUUCACCGCUGAGCGAUCCUAACCUCAGCUCUGCGAAUUUGAUACAUGUUGUGAGACCUUAAUUUAAACGAACAGCACAUAUUUCUUUUUUUUUUCAUUCAGGCAAUGUUAAAAUUUAUUCAAACGAUUAUUCUGAAUUUUAGAGGAUGUCGUUCCUCGAAAAAAUUGUUUAGUGAAACACCUAGCGAAAAAGUCAACCAGUCAUUUUGUUCAGUUGUUAUAGCAAGAAUAGCAAGUGUUAUAUAAAUUGCAUUCGCGACAGUAUGUUGUUGUUUAUGUUUACAAAACAAUCUAGAUUUAUCGGACAGUACCAUCUACCAUCUACAACUGACAAACACUGAAUAUGCCUAACCAUGUUGUAUUAUCAUUAUAAUGUUUCACUAUACAUUUGUACAUUUGGUAGAAAUAAAAAAUUAUAUAAUAUU